CCAGAGCGCCAACCAAAACCCACAACCAGCAACAUGAAAUUCGCCGUCGCCAUUGUCUUCACCCUGGCCCUCGCCAUGGGCGUGCAGUCGUCUGUGAUCCCCCUGCUGUCCCAGGUGGCUGGUCAUGGACUCUCCUACACCGCCGUCUCCGGACCCGCUGUGGUGGCCUCUCCCUGGGCCGUUCCCGCUGCCCACUGGCCCGCCGCCGUAAACGUGGCCUCCUGGCCUCCGGCAGCGAUCCAUGCUCCGGCUGCCGUGGCCGUCCAUGCCGCCGCUCCCGCCGUGGUGGCUGCUCAUGCUCCCGCCGUCGUCGUUGCCCCGGUUGCCCAUGAGGGCGUCUACACUGCCCAGACCCGCGGAGCCAUCCACACCGCCCCUCUGGCCGGACACAUCCAGUCGGUGGCCUCCAUCAACGCCGCCCCUGCUCCCGGAACUCUGUAA